AUGGUGGCGAGCUGCGGCAUGCCGGUGCGCGCCGCAGGCGCCACCGCAGGCCGGCCCUCCAAGGUCUGCUCGCGGGGGCAGCUGACGGUGCAGCCGGUGCGCUCUUGCGCGGAGAAGACCCUGCAGCUGGACCAGUCGGGUGCCCUGGUCUUGCGGGGCCGCCUGGAGGUCAGCGUGGUCGAGGCGCAGCUGGUUCGCAUCUUCGACAGCCUGAAGCUGAAUCAGGAUGUGUUCGUCCAGCUGCUGUGGUGCUCCAGCGACCCCGCCGUGGGGGAGCGCCCCAUCGGCCGCACCGGUACCUGCAGGCAGGCCGAGCUGCACCCGAGGUGGGACAACGAGGUCUUCCUCUGCGACUCGGUCGCCGCGAGCCCAGGCGACACGCUCAAGCUCCGCGUGCAGGUCGACCACGUGGUGCGCCAGCCGGUGCUCUGCGGGGAGGCGGAGUUCGGGCUGGAGGCGCUGCGCGGCCGGGCGGCCCUGGGCGCCGCGGGGCGCGUGGCCGUGCCCCUCUUCAAGAGAGGGGAGCGCACCGGCGUCCUCCACAUCGGCGUCUCCUCCGCGCCGGACGUCGUGCUCGCCCCGCCCAGAGGCGGGGCGGAGACCGACCACAGGGGCGCCGGCAUCGAAUUGGGGUGCGUCGACGCCUUCGGCGACGCGAGCCCCGCCAGCACGGUCUACGUGUCGGGGCUCUCGGAGAAGUGGUGGAACUCGUUCAUCGAGCGCGGCUGA